AUGGGUGCAUCUUGUUCAUGUGCAUCAGCUGUUAAUGUACUCUCUCAUGAGAAGAAGCAACAACAAAUAAUUGAUGCACCUCAGAAGAGAAAGGUGUAUCGGGAUGAAAAAUCAAAACAAUCAAUUGUUUCGGAAAAAGCAUCCUCAAACCACAAAAUAUCAUCAUCUCCUCCUAAAGAUGAAGAAACAACAAAAGCUUCGCCUAAACAGGCAAUUGACCAACAAGAGAAAAAGGAAAGAACAGAAACGAAAAAUUCAUCUCAGUCAUUGAAUGAAACCGUCACAAAGAAAUCAUCAAAUGAAUUAUAUAAUGAUUUAAAACCCAAUGAAAAUAUGACUAAUUCUGUAUCGCAAGAUUUGAAAAAAGUUGACAGUGUGGCUUUUUCAUUUGUCAAGAGUUUACUUCCUAAACGUUUUACAUUCUCUUCUGAUAUUGAAAAGAAGGAACAGGAUCAAUUGGAAAUUCUUUCUUCAUAUUUACCUCAACAUUUGCUUUAUCAAUUGGAGGAUUCCGAAUCAACAGAUUUGAUUAUGGGAACAAGUUAUGAAACAUGUGUUUUAAUGAUUGAUAUUAGUGGGUUCACACCUCUCACUGAAUCACUUUCAAAACAACCCAAUGGAGUUGAGUUAUUAACCAAGUAUAUUAAUGCUUAUUUUACCGGUCUGAUUGAGUAUAUUUAUAGUUAUUCAGGAGAUAUCGAGAAAUUUGCUGGAGAUGGACAAAACAAAUCUCUUAAAGAAUUGGUUUUAUCAGCAAUGGAGUGUGCUCUUUCCAUUCAGAAGAAUGACAAGUUGAGAUUUUUCAAAGUUAAUGAUUCAAUUUCAUUGCAAAUUCAUUGUGGUAUUUCGAUUGGAUCAUUGACAACUCAUCAUAUUGGAGGUGUUUCAAAUUACUAUCUCAGAAUAAGCUCAGGGCAUGCAUUAUUGGAGAUGGGAAGUGCGCUAGGUAACUCAAAGGUUGGAGAAUUGUGCUUAACAAAGGAAGCAUACGAAAUUGUAAAGAACUCGUGUACAUGUAAAAAAGUCGAAGGAAUAGAAGAGGAAGCUUACUUGGCAAUUGACCUCGCUGGAACUGUAGUUGAGAAAUCAAAUCUUGAACCUGUAAAUAUUACACCAAAGCUAAGUCAAGCAAUCAAACAAUUUGUCAGCCCCUCUGUGAGGAACAAGAUAAUGGCUAGGCAAGAAGAUUGGUUAAAUGAAAUCAAACCUCUAAGCAUUGGAUUCCUUUCCGUUAUUGAUUCAAAUAAUUAUUCUUCUGUCAUUGAGUCCAAUAAUGCCUACCAGGAUUACAUCUUUCUAGUUCAACACAUUUUGGAAAAGUACGAAGGGUUUAUAGCUAAUCUUCUCUCAGAUGAGAAGGGAACAAUUCUAGUGUUUUGCUUUGGGUAUCCAUUGGCUCACACCAACGAUCCUCUUAGGGCUGUUAAAGCAGGUAUAGAAAUACGAGAACAAUUAUCCGAAUUGGGAAUUAAAGGAGGGCUAGGUAUUUCCACAGGAAAAUGUUUCAUUGGAAAUGUGGGAUCAAUGUAUAGAAAGGAGUUUACUAUUUAUGGAGACAAAGUAAAUUUGUCUGCUAGGUUAAUGAAAGAAUCAGAAAAACAUGAUGGUAUGGUGUUAUGUGAAGAAGAUACGUAUUCAAAACUGAAGGGUGCAAAGAUUGAGAUACUUGACCCAAUCAAAGUUAAAGGAAAGAGCAAUUUGAUCAAUAUUUGCAAGGUUUUAAAUGGAGAAAUAGCGGCAAAACAAUCAUACUACAAUGCUAAGAAAUCUGGAUCAGAGCUUGUGACAGAGCUUGAAGUUGAUGACAAAAUCGGUCUGAUAGGUAGAGAUAGUGUGUUCAAAGCCAUUGAGGCCAUAGUUGAAGCAAAGGUGAAACAAUUUGAAGAUGUAAAUGCUGUGAAAGACUCUUCAAAGUUCAUUACCAUUAGAGGAGAUGUUGGUUUGGGAAAAACAGAUUUGUUAACUCGUUUGUCAGAUAUUUGGAAAACAAAAAUUGCCACCGUCUACAUUUCUCCUCCACAGUUUGAAACGCCAUUUUACUCCAUGCUGUCCAAUGUUAGGAUUUGUUUUUGUGAACAUAUCUACAAAAAGAAAAAUAUUGAACUGGACUAUUCGAAAGUGGAAUCCAUUUUCAAAGCUUUAACAAUUCAAGAGAAGGAGGAACUGGUACGGGAAAAAACUGAUGAAUCAGAUAUAACUUACAUGUAUCUACUGAAUAAUAUUUUUGGAGUUAAAUUUAAAUCAAAUGGAGAAUUAUUGACUAAGGAACAGAUUGUUGACAUUUCUGCAAGAAUAAUGUGUAAAUUCCUUGUUAAUUGUUGGGUUUCUUUUGGGUAUGGAAGUCAGCCGUGGUUUAUGCUAUAUGAUGAUUAUCAGUAUACAGAUCCAUUUACAAGAAAACUUGUUACACUUUUCUUGGACGUUUAUCCUCUCACUCAAACUAUGAUUGGAGUCUAUGCAUCAAGAAUUAUGGACAAUGAUUCUGAAAUCAAAGAUAUUGAACAAAAGAAGAUUGAUUUUGAUUUUUGGAAUGAGAGAGCAGACUUGGUGAUUAAUUUGAAGCCAUUCUCGAAGGCUGAGUGCAAAGAAUAUCUCAAGUUAUUCUACAAGGCAUCUGAUGUGCAUGCAGAUGCUCUCGAAUUCGUUUUUGAAAAGAGUCAAGGAAAUCAAUUAUUUACCAAGAUGAUUUGUUCAUUCUUAAAGGAUAACAAACGAUACCUGAUUGAGGAUGAAACUCUUAAAUUGAAGAAUACUAUGCUUGAUGUUGAAAUUGUAUCUUCAAUGAGUGCCUACGUUCAAAGAAAGAUUGACCGUCUUGAUGAUGAAACUAAAAUUGCUUUGAAGAUUGCUUCAGUUUGUGGAAUGGAGUUUGACUUGAAUGUCAUUGAAGCAGCAUUUCCAAAUGAUUCAUCAAUUAACAGAGAAGGAAAUAUUGAAGGAUUAUUAACCACUCUAUUUGUGAAUGACUUGUUGGUUAAAAAUGGAUCUCAGUACAAGUUCAGAUCGUCACUAAUUCACUCAAUUGUCUAUGAAUCAGUUCCAAAGGAUCAAAAGAGAGAAAUCCACCUCAAGUUGGCUAAUUUAUUCAUAGAAAAAAUUGAGAAUGAUAAUUCUGAAGAGGUUCAACAGACUAUCUUCCUUAAUACCGCAUCUUUACAUUAUUCAUAUUAUUAUGAUGAUAUUAUUCUUGAAGAGGUUCUUACUGGUGAUCCUCUAGAGAAGGAAGUUGAACUUCAUAACCUUUGUGUUGCUUAUCAUUUAAUUGAGAAAGCAAUAACUCUAUUUGAUAGAAAGAGCAAGCAAAUAGAUACCAUAAGAGAAUUAGGGUUGGCCAUCAUACGAAUCUUGGGAAAUGUUGUAAAAUAUUGGAAAGAAAACUCAAAAGCAGACCACAUGAACAGUCCAAGAUUGGGUAGCAGUCUAACACUCAGAGAUUUUAUCAAAAACACCAAAGAAUUGUGCAACAGAAGGUUUGAGGAUUUGAAAAUGAUUGACUCUUCUCCCUAUAUAUUUGCUAAAUCCUUGCAUCAAAUGAAAGAACAUCUUGCAAAACAUUUACUCCACCAUUCAGAGUUUAUUCGGAUAAAUAGUGUUGGAGAUAAUGAAAUUAAGGAGCUUGCUGAACAGUUGAUUAGAAAAGGUAUUGAAAUUUGUCCUCCUGAAAAUAAGGACCUCCUAUUUCAUUUACACCUUCAACAAUGGUUCUUUAAAUUCCUGAAUGAUCAAACUGAUGAAGCAUUAGGAUGUUUACCUUCACUAGCCGAAAUUGCUUCUGACAAUCCCAAGCUAAAUGUCUUUUAUGAGAUAGCUGCUUCCUUCUCAAAUUAUACCAGAGGAUGUUUUGAGCAAGUUAGGCUCCAUUCUAAGAAGGUAAUUGAGAUUUACUCCCAGGACCCUGAUAACAUUUCACAAUAUUCCAUCGGCAACUUUAGAAAUAUGGAUGCUCUUGUAUUCAUCAUUUCGUACGCAGCAAGGUCAUCGUAUGCUCUUGGUAAAUUCGAGGAAGCAAGAGCAUAUUUCGAGUUAGGAAGAAAGCGUUCUUUAGAGAUCAAUCAUCCUGCCUCACUAGUACAUUUCUUGACCUUUAGUUGCUCCUAUUUAUUGCAAAGCGACCAAAUCGAUGAACUUGAAUGUAUUGCAAAUAAGGGAUUGGAAAGUGACCUUGUUCCUCCUCACCAACAAUUGUUCCAGAAAUUCUACCUAAAUUAUGUCAAAUUUAGAAAGACAAAUGAUAAUCACUCCAUUGUUUGCCAAGAAAAGGAUAUACUUCAAUUAUCCCUAAUCAACAAGAUGGAAUCAUUGUAUGCUUCUAUAUCUCAUUACAAUUCUCCGUCACUUGUUGUUAAUUAUGCAAUUUUGGAUUCUAAACUCAAAUAUUUGGAAUUAAUUUCAAGGAUGGAAACCACUGCUUGUCCAUCAAUAUUUGGCGUUUUGAAGUCAUUUGAUGAACUGAUGGAACAUUCUUUGAAAUCAAAUCAAGAGAACAUGUUUGGAGAUUUAUGGAGACUGAAAGGAGAAAUGAAAGUUAUAGAGAUGAAACUAAAACUCGAAGAUUCUAGUAAUGAGCAAGCUGUUUUAGCCAAUGUUGAAGAUUCCUACAAUACUGCAUUGAAAUAUGCCAAUGACCAAAAGGCAAAUGGGAUCAAAGUUAAAAUCCUCAUAUCCUAUUUGAAAUCCUUACAAUCAUUCUCAUCUUUACAAUCAACAAAAUCUACAAUUGAAAAGAUAACACGAGAACUGAAAGAAACAUGUCUAAACGUUGAAAUUCCCACGUUCCACUCUUACCAUGAUAUUGAAGUAUCAAUCUUGAAACAUUAA